CCGCUCACUCGCUCGCUCCGCCGCUCUUGCGUGGACGAGGCAGAGGGUGGGAGGGGCGCGAAGGAACCAGCGCGGCAGCGGCGCUGGGAAGGUGCUGCCCGCGGAGCCCGAGGGCGGGCGGGCGAGCGGGCGGCCGCCUUUCUUGGACGCCGGGAAGAGGGGCGACAGCGGCGGCUGUUUCACUAAUCCCGCUGGCCGCGGAGAUAACUUCCACUCGGCGCAACAGCCUGGAGCUUCUGCCGCCGGUGGCGGCGCCUGUGCUGCGGUGGGAGGCGACCACGCCUCGCGGACUCGCAAAGGCGGUCUCGGGCUCUGGAAGCGUGACGAGAAAGAGGCGGAGGGAAAGAAGGCGGCGGCGGCGGCGGGACCCGCAGCUCGGUGGGCGUCUCCUCGCGGGACGGAACCCUCUCUCCCUCUCCUUCUCUCUUUCUCUCGCCGCCGCCCCAUCCUGUGGCUACAACCAUGGCCGCGCGGUCCCGGCGCCCCUGGCUGAGUGUCGUCCUGGGGCUGGUCUUGGGCUUCACGGUCGCCUCCUGGCUCAUCGCCCCCAAAGUGGUGGAGCUGAGCGAGAGGAAAAGGCGCGGCGGCCACGGCGGCUCCCUGAGCGGAGGCGGCGGCGGCGGCGGCGAUGGCAGCAAUAACCUCUGCGCUUUCUAUGGCCGCGUGGCUGGGCUGCCCGGAGGAAAGAGGCAGCUGCGACCCGAGGAGCCGGCGGUGACGGCUGCCGGCUUAGGGGGCGCUGGCGGAGGUAGACACAGGCGGUGGGAGAAGGAGAGGGAGCCCCGGCCGCCCCCGCCGCCGCCCGUCGCAGAUGGGCCAGUGCCGAGUCUCCCGGUUGCAACUGCGGGAAGAGACCCUCAGGAGGAGGACGAGGAGGAAGAAGGCGGCGCCGGCCGCCACGGCAGCAGCCACAACGGCAGCGGGGACUACGCGGGCACCCCGGGUUGUGCCAAAACCCGGCACUUCCUUUACGUCGGGGUGAUGACCGCCCAGAAGUACCUGGGCAGCCGAGCGCUCGCAGCGCAGCGGACCUGGGCGCGCUCCAUCUCCGGCCGGGUGGAGUUUUUCUCUAGCGAGGGAUCGGUCCCUCCUCCCGGCCUAAAAGGGGAGCAGCCCCUGCCGGUCGUGGCUUUACCCGGCGUGGACGACUCGUACCCGCCGCAGAAGAAAUCUUUCAUGAUGCUCAAGUAUAUGUACGACCACUACCUGGACACCUAUGAGUGGUUCAUGCGGGCGGACGACGACGUCUACAUCAAAGGUGAAAAAUUGGAGGAGUUCCUUCGGUCACUGAAUAGCAGCAAACCUCUUUAUUUGGGACAGACAGGACUAGGAAAUACAGAAGAACUUGGAAAAUUGGGUCUUGAACCAGGAGAGAACUUCUGCAUGGGAGGGCCUGGGAUGAUCUUCAGUCGUGAAGUUCUCAGAAGGAUGGUACCACAUAUAGGUGAAUGUCUUCAAGAGAUGUACACGACUCAUGAGGACGUGGAAGUAGGCAGAUGUGUUCGGCGAUUUGGUGGUACUCAGUGUGUCUGGUCAUAUGAGAUGCAGCAAUUGUUUCAUGAAAACUAUGAACGCAACCGGAAGGGUUACAUACAGGAUCUUCACAACAGCAAAAUUCACACUGCAAUUACACUUCAUCCAAAUAAAAGACCAGCCUAUCAGUAUAGACUUCAUAACUAUAUAUUAACCCGUAAAAUUUCAGAAUUGCGUUUCCGCACCAUCCAGCUCCAUCGAGAAAGUGCUCUCAUGAGCAAGCUCGGUAAUGACGAAAUAAGCAAAGAAGAUCAACUUCUGGGAAUGACGCCAUCUUUCAGUCGUUUCCAGCCCCGUGACAGGAAUGAAGUCAUUGAAUGGGAUUUUCUGACUGGAAAGCUCCUUUAUUCAAUAGCUGAGAACCAGCCACCUAGGCAAAACAUUAAUAACAUCCAACGAGCAGCAUUAGAUGACACUGUAAUGCAAGUAAUGGAAAUAAUCAAUGAGAACUCUAAAUCUAGAGGAAGGCUUAUUGACUUCAAUGAAAUACAGUAUGGAUACCGCAGGGUUGACCCUCUGCAUGGUGUAGAGUAUAUACUGGACUUGCUGCUUUUAUAUAAAAGGCACAAAGGAAGAAAGGUUACUGUUCCAGUUCGAAGACAUGCUUACCUUCAACAAUUAUUUAGUAAGCCUUUUUUCAGAGAGGAAGAAGAACUGGAUGUGAGAAGUGUGAUGGAAAAUGAGCAGAGUGACACACAAUCCCUCUCUUUCCUUUCUAAUUCCCUGAAGAUGUUCUCAUCAUUUAAAGACACCAAAGAAUUAAGGGGAAGCAAUAACAAGAAGAUACACAUUCUUGUCCCUCUCACAGGAAGAUACAAUAUUUUCUUGAGAUUUAUGGAGAAUUUUGAAAAGACUUGCCUUGUUACAAAGCAGAACGUGCAGCUGGCGGUUAUUCUCUUUAGCCCAGAUUCUAGUCAGGAGUCCAGUAAACAUAUAGAAUUGAUCAAUGCAUAUCGCAAUAAGUAUCCAACGGCAGACAUCACUGUUAUUCCUAUGGCAGGAGCUUUUUCAAGAGGUUUGGGUCUUGAAAUGGCUUCCUCUCAGUUUGAUAAUGAUACGCUGCUACUAUUCUGUGAUGUUGACCUAAUAUUUACUCCUGACUUUCUUCAGCGGUGUCGAGCUAACACCAUCCAAGGAGAACAAGUUUACUAUCCUAUUAUUUUCAGCCAGUAUGACCCCAAAGUAACCUAUGGAGACCACCCUCCUGUGGACAGUUAUUUUGUUUUCACUAAGAAAACAGGGUUUUGGAGAGAUUAUGGGUUUGGUAUCACUUGCAUUUAUAAAAGUGAUCUUAUAAAUGCAGGCGGAUUUGAUACCUCAAUUCAAGGUUGGGGACUUGAAGAUGUAGACCUUUUUACUAAAGUGGUAACUUCUGGCUUGAAGGCAUUUAGAAGCCAAGAAGUGGGGGUUGUGCAUGUGUUUCAUCCGGUUCAUUGUGAUCCCAGUCUAGAGUCUAAACAAUACAAGAUGUGCUUGGGGUCUAAAGCAAGUACAUUUGGCUCUGCAAUGCAACUAGCUGAAAUAUGGCUAGAAAAGCAUUUAGGUCUUAGGUAUAAUCAUACUUUCUCCUGAUAUUUUAACUGGGACUGGCUUCCUAGGAGAAGUUUACCUCAUUGCUUUUUCAUUUCAUCAUUGCAUUUUUAAACUUCUCUUUGUCUUCCAAAGGAUUUGUCUUUGACCUUUAACAAAUAUCUAUUAGGAAUAUUGGAGAUUCCUCCUGAACUGAUAUGUCUUUCUGCUCACGAUCCAUAAACUGAGUAAAAUCAUUGCAACAGAACAGUUGCAUAGAUAACAUCCAUCACUAGGACAUCAGAAGAAUAGUCUCUUUGGACUUCAGGAUGCAAUAUUGAUCUUGAUUGUGUCUGUCAAACUUAAUGUGAUACAAAUAUUUUUCAUUGAAGGUAUCACAAAAGUGCUUUAUGCUUCCUCUGGGAAAGAGACUCUGGCAAACUUGAGUUUUAUAAUUUAUAUGAGGACUGAAAUAAAAACUAUUCUUUAUAAUUUUUAAGUAAUAAAUAAGGGACUCAUCUAUUUUUUAAAAUAAGGGAAAAAUACAUUUUCCAGGUGCAAUGGUACUGGCUACCAAGACCCUUAAACAGCAUAUCAAAUUGACCUCUUCAGUACUCUGCAAAUGGACUAUUUUCUCGAGAAAACAUAGCAUAAUCAGAUAUUUGCAUAUGUUGAGAAGGUUACGAAUCAAUCACUUUCAUUUGCUGGCAAGAAGAAAUCAUGACACAAAAUGAUUAUUUAUAAUAAAGAAUAGGCAUGUGAUCUUGUGUUUUCUAAGACAAUAAUAUUUUGCUUUGUUUCUGUUUAGAUUGAACGUCUAAUAUAUACAUAGUUUUCUAAUUCCUUUCAUAAGACUGCACUUGUUACAAAGGAAAAUCAAAGGGUACUUAAUAUUGUCUUUUUAUAAUUCUGUGUUAAUAUUCAUAUUCUGAAUCAAUUGUUGUUAAACUUUAAAGAAAAUGUAAUAAUUUAACUAUGAAAGUACUAUUGCUGGUCAAAGUUCUUGCAAAUAUAUUUAUAAUAGUGAAGAUAUAUAGAAAGUGGAAUGUGUUAAGGUUUCCUUCUCUGUAAAAUCCAAAAAUUCCAGAAAAUAUAUUACGGAUAGUGAAAAAAUAUUAGGUGGUUAUGUUCUGCUAAAAUGAACACAAACCAUGACCACAUUAUCAUUCAUAUAGUGGUUUGAUCAAAUUUAUGACAUGUAACUGUAACAUUUUUUUAAAAACCUGAAACAUUCCCAAGAAAUAUAUGUUAACCCUGAUGACCAAUAUAAUGUGAUCAACUUUAAAGAACAUAGCAAGCAUCUCGAAAUAAGUAAUAUCUGGUAUUUUUAAGAAAAGGUGCUGAACAGUAUAUGUUAUAAUGGCCAUGAUAGAAUCUGAACUUAUUGCCUGAAACAUCUAAUGGAAUCCACAACCCUCAUAAUUUAAUUGGCACAUAGCAUGCUCUCUUUGGCAGUAUAUAUACUAAACUAAAUUGGAAAAGAGCAAGAGAUAGGCAUUCUGAAUAAGAUAUACUUGUAUCUUAUUCAAUUUUCUUUUACAAAUAACAAGAAUAACCAUGGCAACUAUGUUUCAGAAUCAAGAUUUUAUUAACUUAGAUUAAGUAUAGUAAGUAAUACAUAUUUAGUGAUGAACUCGAUAGGUUUAGAAAUUCAGGACAAAGCAACAUAGCCUCUUGACCAUUACACCAAAGAUUCUUCCUAGAUGUUAUUUUUCUUUUGUAUAUUCCUUUUUGACACAGCAUGUUACGCUAGUGUUUUCUCAUGACAGUGGCAAUUUUUCUCACUUUAGAUAUGACUCCCAGCAGUAUUCCAAUUCUGUGCGCCACAUUUAUACCCAAGUAUAAUUUCAUUUCACACCUAUGUUUGCAUGUACAAAUCCCACUGCUGUAUAAUAGUCCUGGUUCAAAAUUACAUACUGCAAAUUCUAACCAGAUCAAUAGCAAUUAGCAUAUUUUAUUUUUAGGAUUGGGUAUUUUACAGUACCAACUUCAGUUGUUCUCUUUCUGGCUUCAUUGCAUAUCUGCUUUGGCAAAUAAGCUACUAUUUUUAGUUAGCCUAUUACUUAAUAUUUAAUGUAUAUGUAAGAUGAAGUUUGCAUACAUUCUCAUAUUCAUAAUUAGCAAAUGGAAUUUCAAAACUAUAAUAGGAAUUUAGAGAGUCAGUUUGGUGUAAUGGUUAAAGGUGCUAGAUUAGAAGCCAGGAAACUGUGAGUCCUUCUCUUGCCUUAGGUACAAAGUCAACUGAAUGACUUUGGGUCGUCUUCUCUCUCAACCUUAGGAAUAAGACAGUGGCAAACUAUUUCCAAAAUUAUUGCCAAGAAAAUAAUGUGGUUGCCAUGAAUCCAACCUGACUCAUAAGUGAAAUAAUUUAAGUAUACAUGAGAUAUGCAAAAAAAAUAUGCUAUUUUAUCUUCACAAAUGAGGUACUAGGUUAUCUUAUAAGAUAGAGUAUAGGCAAACAGAUUUUAAGUCAAACAAAUAAUUUGGAAUGUUGAUAUUACCUGUGGCAACUCCUUAAAAUGCAUCUCAAGCACUAGGGAAAUCAGAAAGUCCAAGCAGUUCAAAUGAGUAUAAAAAUUUAUUUCAAACUUAUGUUGUCUACAAGACAGCCAAGCAAAUUGGUGGUAGAUAAAUUCAAGGAAUUCAAAGGAAUUCAAGGUAGGCUGGAUUUAGUUCUCUUGUGGGCGCAAAGGGACUCAUAAUUGAUAAAACCUUUGACCUCUCCCUCAGGCUGAUUAUCUUCUACAACCAUAUUCCCAACAAAAAUGGCUGUUUUAAAAAGUUGCAAGCAGGUGCUAUGCUUGCACCUCAGCAUACUCCAAAACAUCUUUUUGAAGAUGUCAAAUCCAGAAUGCUGCCUAGACCUAUCAGGUUAAAGAAUACUUAUUACUUUGGGACUUAGAAAGAGUAAUGAAAAUUUUUAAAAAUCUGUCUGAAUUUGUUUCAUAGUUAUAGAGUGACAUGCACAACUACUUGUGAAAACCAAAACCUUGUCCCCCAAAAUGUGUAUUCUUACUAUAUUGUCAUAUUGUAAUUUCCUUUUCUAGAUA